GUGUGACUGUGGAUGGGUGUGGGUGUGACUGUGGAUGGGUGUGGGUGUGACUGUGGAUGGGUGUGGGUGUGACUGUGGAUGGGUGUGGGUGUGACUGUGUGUUAGCACUGGUUUCUAUCUUUAUUUAUAAAGAAACAACAAGAAGAACGAGAAACAAUCGAAAGGGAAAAACGAAUGUCGAUUGGAUAGAAUGAGAGGGUAUAUAUAGGUGUGGUGAUGCGUAUACCCGUCAGGUCAUACCUUGAACAAUCGGACGAUGACGGCGCCAUGGUCAUAAAGAUGGUCAUGAGAGAGUCAUGCCAUGCGGGUCAUUGAGAAUGACCUCGAUAACACUGUGGAUGGGUGUGGGUGUGACUGUGGAUGGGUGUGGCUGUGACUGUGUGAAUCUCUACCCACACCCACACCCUCAUCUUAAUUUCAGUUCACAUCGAUGAUCUGAAUCGUAUUGUAUCGUAUGUUCCUCAACUUCGUCGUUUAUUUCUUCUUUGAUAUAAUAUGUUUUAAUCAAUUGGAAAUAUUGAUGGAAAAUUUUUUGCAUCAAAUUCAAGUUUUACAUGUUUCUAGACAUCUCGAUUCAAAACAUAUGAAUUCUAAUCGAUGAGAACAAUUAAUAUCUAAAUAUUUAUCAUAUUUGCAUAUAUUCAAUAUUGAAUUAAUAUAUUCUUUGUUCAAUCAAUUCAAUUCUCGAUUUUUGAUUUGAAAAAACAAUGGUUCUUCGAGUAUCAAUGGGUUAUUUUAUGUCAAUAUGAUAGAUUCUGAUAAUUUAUUUUUCCUACAGAAGAAAACAUUACAUAGUAGAAAAUAUGGAUAAUAAUACUCGCUCAUAUGAUCAACAAGCAAAUUUUAAAUCGGUCCAUCAUGUUUAUAUAAAGGAUGAAAGCACAAUCAAACAUUGAGUCUAUUAUUUUACAAAUACUACUUGUCUAAUAUUCAGUAGUAAUUUUCAUAUCAAACUACAAUCAUUUACAACUGUUCUCAAUCAUAUUCUUACACUACAACAGCUAACUAAAAUAGUUUUAGGUUCCGUUCGGUUUUUCUUUCAUAGACUAUGUCAAUUAUUACAUAAUGCAACAAACAUCGUUUCUUUAACUCAAAUGGUACUAAAACGUGUGAUUCUGAAUCACUCAUUCGAUUCUUCUUUUCGAACGAUAACGAGAAGAUUUAUCGCCUGUCGUUAUUGUGUGUUUCAAGUGUACAUAUCAACCAACGAGACAGAUUCAAGACGAUUAUUCGAACAGAAAAAUAGAUUGAUAAUAAUAUAAUAGAAUAUGACCUUUUCAAAUUAUAUAUCUCAGGGUGUGGGUGUGGGUGUAGGUGUGGGCGGGUGUGUGGGUGAGGGUUUGGGUGUGGGUGUGGGUGGAUGGGUCUGGGUGUGGGUGUAGAUCUGGAAUUCACUCGCACCCACACCCACACCCACACCCACACCACCCCACACCCUGCUUUUGAAGGCAAUGAAAGAAUAUUGAUAUUUGCUAGUACUGAGCAACUUAAUAUUUUACAAUCAACUAAUGAUCUUCUUGUUGACGGGGCCUUUAAAGUCGUCCCGUUGGUCUUUUAUCAACUUUAUAUAAUUCACGCAAUAUAUCGUGAUCAUGUUGUACCUGUAGUAUAUGCUUUGUUACGACGAAAAAAUGAUGCAACAUAUAAGGAUUUAGUUGAUAGAGUGCUUGAAUUUGCUCCACAUUGGACUCCUGAUUCAAUUAUGCUGGAUUUUGAGCAAGCGUGCAUAGGUGUUUACGAUACAACUUUUCCAAAUGCUUUAUUAUCUGGCUGCUACUUCACUUUCGACAAAAUCUCCACCGGAAGCUACAGGUAAUCAUAUAAUGGGUAACUAACUAACUAGUAAUAUAAUUAUGAUACGACUUUUGUAUUUAGUCACUUGGUCAUCAAAAUAAAUACAAUGAUGAUUCAGUAUUUGCUCAUAAUAUACACAGAUUAGCUGCAUUAGCUUUUCUCAAACCUGACGAUGUCGUAAAAGGUUUUGAAGCGUUGUCAUUAAGUCUUGAUGAUGAUGAUUAUCAAAGUGGCUGUGUUUUAGGACGAUUACGAGCAAAUCUUACACGAAGAAAACCCACAUUCAGCAUUGAAUUCUGGAAUAUGUACAAUCGGACCACGCAUUCUUUAAUGAGAACAAAUAAUGCAGCUGAAGCAUAUCAUCGACGAAUAGGAUCAAUAUUCCAAUGUGCUUAUCCAACAUUGUGGGUAUUCCUUCAAAAACUAAUCGACGAAGAAAAUGCUACACAUGCUGAUAUCGUACAAAUACGAGCAGGACAACCUCCAAAAAUCAAGAAAAAUAGCGAACGUUUCGAAAAACGAUUAAUAAAUCUUAUCUCAAAUCCUCAUCAAGAUAUUUUAACUCAAAUCAAUUCAUUAGCACAUAAUAUUUCAUUGUAA